CCCAGCUUCCACCCCAUCAGCACCACGGCUGACGACUUGACGGAUGCGCUUCUCUUUUCCCCCAAAGAGUCGCAGUGUAAUGUGAAGGGUUCGCUUGGAUACCUGCAUCACUUUCAACCACAAGCUUUCGCCAUCCCAACAAAUCGCCUCUUGCUUCCUGUCAUACCACUUUCCCCUAACAUUCCCCGCCAUUGCCUACCUAUUCCGCAGUGGCGACCUGCCUAUGUGCUUUUUUAUUGCACUUGGAGAUGACUAUGCACCUUCUCCAUCGAAUGUACAUCAUUUAGCGUGGCCGAAUAGAGGAUACGCAGAGGCAACUCCCCAGAUCUCCUCUAAUUGGCCGUGCCUUUCGGGACAAAGUAGAAGAAGAAGCAAGCUGUGGUACUAACUAACGUUGUCUGUGUAGACCCCCAAGUUGUCCCAUCAUUUCAGCAUUCCUUGCCUACCCACCUUACUUGACCUGCCUAAUACACACUACACCGUCGUAUCGCACCUUCCACCUCCGCCGAUAACGAUCGUGCUCCAACGUCGAUUCGGCUGACGUUUCCAUCAUUCACCAACAGCAGCAGCUCUGCACUCGGCCGCAGUAGCUAGUGAACGUCCCUCCCCGCAGGAAGACUCUCCUACGGUUUUCUUUUCUUUUUGCAAUCACCGACCCUGCAAAGUACUGGACGACCAGUAACAGAACUUCUCAAGCCUCCGCCACUCGGCGAAAUUGCGACAUCGCUCAAAAGCUUCCUUACUCCACACGACUUGAUCUCCCAAAAUCAUUCAGACUGGCGUUCAGAGCACUUCGCGCUGCCGGCCUCGCUGUAGGCCUUGGACUCACCGCCUUAGCAGCCUACCAGCGCAACCAGGCCGAAAUGGAGUCCCACAACACCAGAGGUGGACACCUGGAUGCAACGGCUGGCCGGGAGGUGGUAUACUGCCAUGCCUGCUCGCACGAGUGGUGGCAAGAUGAGCACGGCCUGCAGUGUCCUCGCUGCGACAGCGAAAUCACAGAGAUCGUCUCUCCAGAGAACGACCCUAGAGAGAUUGAAGACGGUCCUCCGCUCCAUGAUUCCCCAAGUCGCAGAGGGAGAUAUGACGACGACUCCGAUCCCGAGGAGGCCGAUAUAGAGGAGCACUUGCACCGCGGCCCUGGCGGUUUCGUCGUUCACCGGACCAUAUGGGACAACUCUCAGCGGCCCAGUCAGAGCCCCAACCCGAACACACGCCAGCCUCCGGACGCGAAUGAUGGCGACCAAAUCAUUCGCCGCUUCAUCGACAUGGUCAACGACUUUGGCUUGGGCAUGCCCCCGCGACCGCCCGAUGAAACCCGCCCCCCUGGCUUCGCUGGCGGCGGUCUCUUUGGCGGCCCGGCCAAUGUACGCACCUAUCACAGAGCUGGUCCGGGAGGCACCACAAGCUUCACGAUCGCUACCGGGCCCAUCCACAUCCAACAAGGAGGUGUCCGCUCCCCCGUUGGGCCCGGAAGCGAUCCCUUCCAGUCGUACGUCCGCCUCAACAGCCCUCGUGGCCAGUCGCCUUCUGGAUCUCGAAUCACGAUGGUCUCCAUCAGAACGAGUGCUAACCAGGCUCCCAGUAUCUUCAGCAGCGUGCUUGCCGGAGCAGGACCUCCCCAGCCCGGAGGGACGUCUGGCCAAGGUCAAGAUCAGGAUCAGGGGGCGCCUGGCGGAGCGCCCACGCUCCUCCAGGAGAUCCUUAGCAUGCUCAACCCGGCCAAUGCCUCUCAUGGUGAUGCCGUGUACACUCAAGAGGCCUUGGACCGCAUCAUCUCGCAGUUGAUGGAGCAAAACCCGCAGAACAAUGCUGCACCCCCGGCGACUGAAGACGCUCUUCGCAAGUUGGAGCGCAAGAAGGUGGACAAGGAGAUGUUGGGUCCUGAUGGCAAGACCGAGUGUACCAUCUGCAUCGACGGGUUUAGUGAGGGCGAUGACGCCACGGUGUUGCCCUGCAAGCACUGGUUCCAUGACCAGUGCGUUGUAAUGUGGUUGAAGGAGCACAACACCUGUCCGAUAUGCCGCACCCCUAUCGAAAAGCCCAGCAGCGGCAACGCCAAUAAUGUUAACGCGAGCGGACCGAACACGAUCCCGAACGCUAAUGCUUCUCAGCGUGCACCCACCGAGGCGACUGGCUCAUCAGAAAGCUCACACCACCCCUUCGACUGGGGUGAUGCGCCGCCUGGAAUGCCCGGUCAUUGGGGAGCUACAGCUUUCUCUCCCCGACCGCCCUAUUACCAGCAAACCCCUCCGGUCCCCGAUGCCUCCACCCGACCCCAGAGAUCGCCCAUGACCAACUGGGACGUGCCCUUCCCUGUUUAUGGAAGUUCUAGCACAGGCCGGGACGAGGCUUUCAAUACUGACCUGCCUUCGCGUCCCCGAGAAGCAGGCCGGACGCCCAGCUUCCCGUCUCGACGGGACUCUCAUUCGCCCCCAAGCAUUCGCCGGCAUCAGUCUGAUUCAUCCCGAGCUAGGCAGCGGAGCCCGUCGUCAGGUAACUGGGACCGCGAUCGCGAUAAUAACCAGGACACUGGUUCAAACCAUGGUCCGCUGAACUGGCUGAGACACCAGUUCUCCCGAGGACCUGGCUCCGGGGACAACACACGAGAGCGACGGAGACCAUAAUUUCGCUAAAGUGGUCCUGUGCGGGCUGGGAGCGUCUUGCAAAGGCUUGGAUGUCCCGCGUGGGUCAAGCCUACAGGCGGCGAAUUACGAAUUACGAAGAGGGUUUGAUAGCGUUCAGCUUUGGUCAUCUGUGGCCUUUUUCUUGAAGCAGACUAAGUUUUGGGGCCGGGCGUACUUCGACUUGGGAUGUGCAUUGUGUACAUAAUAGGGCAGCUCAUCACACAGAACGUAGCGGGACAGUUUCACUCGGCGAAGAGCCAGGUUACACAGGCCGAGACCGCAGUUUGCAAUUAGAACUUGAUCACUAGGC